AAUGUUGAAACGUUUCUUGUUACUGUUUACCGUCUACAUAUAUAUCUCCAGCGGGGCCGUUUUAAUUUGGAGCAACAAAAACGUGAAUCUGUCGCCGUUGCAACAGUUUGACGACGACGAUUUAAAUAGUUUGAAGGAAACGUUAUUAAAUCCGCAAGUGUUUAUUUUUAAAUCGCCAACUGCGAGUUUAUCGUCCGAUUUUAAGUCCUUGUUAGAUGGUUAUCAUUCAGCUUUCAACCCCAAUGGCAUUGUUAAUACUGAACAGGCCACAGAAUUAUUGGGCGACAAUGAGUUGGACAAGAUGAAAGUGAAGCAGACACUGGACUUAGUGCACAAUAAAGAAGAUUUUCUGGCUGUCCUGUACAUUCCCAACAGGAGAUUUAAAAGAGAGGCAGACAUAAAUGUUACAACCACCAUGAAUCCUGAUUUCAAAAAACCUGAAGGUCCUGUCAUUUAUAUUGGCAAAUCCAAAAAGGAUUUAUACACAAUGUUAUACUCAUCCAAACCAUUAUUGUUGAAAGUUAAAAAUGAAUUUAUAUAUUUAGGAAUGGCACCUGCAGACAUGAUUACUGUAGACACUAGAUUGAAUGUGAAUAUUCCCCUUGAAAAUGGUGAUAAAAUAUCUUUAAGGUUCAGCUUUACCAACAAUAAUUAUGGUUAUUGGUCCAUGAAAUCAGUAAAGAUCACAGACACAAUGAAUGACAUGAAUUUCAAUUUAAAUAUUACCACUGACAUCACAGCACCACAGGAAUUUUCAUACCAUUGCACUGGUGAUACAUUGUUUGUUGAUAAAGCAAAUGAUGUUGAAUUACAUUUGUAUGAUAUACAAGUACAAAUAGAUUCAACAAAUGGCAAAUUCAGUGAUGCCUAUGAUUGUGUGCCAUUCACCACUGCCCCCAUUUGGUCUGGGUUAUUUGUAACAUCAAUACUGGGUAUUGGUUUGAUUGUUGCAUUAACGGCAAUAAUGGAUAUCAAAACAAUGGACAAAUUUGAUAAUGCCAAAACAAAAAAUUUAUCUAUUACUGUAUUUGAAUAAGUCCAAAUAUACUUAAACUCAUCAUU